AUGGGUGGUCUCGCGGAUGCAGAAGUCAAUGGGUCCGAUGUGCUCUCUGCUCUCCGACUCUCUCAACAGGCCCCAGCCAUUCUCGGACAUGGUCCAGCACUAAACGCGCUCGCCGCUUCGUCCAAGCCCCCGCGGGAUACAGCGGAGGAGUACAACCGGAUUGAACAGCUUUUCCUCGCCUGCCUACAAACUGGAGAUGAUCAGUCCGCACAGGCAUGCCUUGAUCGACUGAGUCACCGCUUUGGUCCCUCAAAUGAGAGAGUCAUGGGGCUGCGUGGCUUGUACCAAGAAGCGAUUGCGAAAGACAAGUCGGCUCUCGAGAAAUGCCUGGCGGAAUACGAGACGAUUCUUUCGGACAAUCCUGUCAAUGUGCCUAUCAUGAAACGCCGAGUCGCUCUGCUUCGCUCCCUCCAGAGACCUGCCGAUGCCAUUUCCGCUCUUAUUCAGCUUCUGGAUGCUAUCCCCACGGAUGCCGAGGCCUGGGGAGAGCUGGCCGAUCUAUACCAAUCCCAAGGGCUGGGUUCGCAGGCGAUCUUCAGCUUGGAAGAGGCACUGCUGAUUGCCCCAAAUUCCUGGAAUAUUCACGCCCGGCUUGGUGAAUUGCUCUACGUCUGCUCCUCCGCCUCCUCCGAGGGUGAUCCAGCCCGACUUGCUGGCAAGUCGGUCCAACAUUUCUGCCGGAGUAUUGAACUCUGCGAUGAUUAUCUGCGGGGCUUCUACGGCUUGGUUUUGGCCACCUCCCGCGUGCUUGAUCAAAAGUAUGCGCCCGAAAGUCCAGCCGACCCAACCGUUCCCUCCCGGAAAACAAUCCAGCAGCUCCAGACCUUUGCGCUUCAGCGACUUGAGCACAUUGUGCAGUCCCGGUCGGUGGACGAUCAACAUUGGGCAUCGAGCCGGAGUGAACUGAUCGCGGCCAAGGAGCUGCUGAAUCGGUUGGCGCCACCCAAAUGA